GCCAUGUGAGCGGCUGGCGGCGGCAGCGGCCCUCGGGGAAGACAGAUGGGGUGAGAGACAGCGCCCGGUCCGGCUGUCAGCGCAGCCCCAGCCCCGCCGCGGAGGGAGCCCCUCCUCCCCGCCGUGUGCGCCGCGCUCCCGGCCGGGGAACCAUGGCGUCCAGCGAGGAGGACGGAGGCGGCAACGGCGCGGUGGAGGAGAAGGAGAACGGCAAGAAGAAGAAGAAGCUGGGCGUCCUGGCCACGACAUGGCUCAUCUUCUACAACGUCGCCAUGACCGCGGGGUGGCUGGUAUUAGGUAUUGCCAUGGUGCGGUUUUAUAUACAGAAAGGAACACAUAGAGGCUUAUUCAGAAGCGUUCAAAAGACGCUUAAAUUUUUCCAGACAUUUGCUUUGCUUGAGGUAAUCCACUGUGCAGUUGUUCGCACAUCUGUGCUUGUGACUGGGGUCCAAGUGAGUUCAAGAAUCUUCAUGGUGUGGUUCAUUGCACACAGUAUAAAACAGAUCCAGAAUGAGGAGAGCGUUAUUCUUUUUCUGGUCGUAUGGACUGUGACAGAGAUUACUCGAUAUUCCUUCUACACAUUCAACCUGCUCAACCAUUUGCCAUACUUCAUUAAAUGGGCCAGAUACAACUUUUUUAUCAUUUUGUAUCCUGCUGGAGUUGCAGGUGAACUGCUAACCAUAUAUGCUGCUUUACCCUACGUGAAGAAAACAGGAAUGUUUUCACUGAGACUUCCCAACAAAUACAACGUCUCCUUUGACUACUAUUACUUCCUUAUUAUUGUCAUGUUCUCCUAUGUGCCAUUAUUUCCACAACUCUACUUCCACAUGCUGCGGCAGAGAAGAAGGGUGCUUCAUGGAGAAGUGAUUGUGGAAAAGGAUGAUUGAAUCAAGCUGUGUAACCAUGGUGCUUUUAGUGGAAAGGAAGAGAAGAGAGGGUAAAGACCCAAAACUUCCUCUGAUUUUUCUGAGUCCAAGUUUUAAAACAUGGAACAAGAAUAAACAACUGUGCCUGUG